AUGACUCACCAUUGCGGGAAGAGCCACUUCGAGAGUUUCACGCGGGUCGAUGAGGAGUCCCACACUGGACGUCAACACAGUAUCGCCGUCGAAGAUAAAGACGAAGAUGAAGACGAAGAGGUGCAAGAACACAAGCAACCCACCGCAUGGACAUGGGCAUGGUUAUAUGUAAGAGUGUUGUCCCUACCUUCCCUCGCUUGGAUGGCAUGCAUGCUUGGGCUGCCGGUCCGGCGACCUGCUCGGUCAGAUGUCAUUGAGGCAUUGCCCAUGCAAUGCAAGUCUGCCGGCUCAGGUCCCAAAGGCGAGUUGGAACCCUCUGAACGUACAGGCGCGCCUGCGACGGCGACGACCGAGUUGUUGCCACCCCUUGAAUGGUCGACAAGAGCCAAAUCCCACAGCCAGAGCAUCCUGGCCCAUGGAGACCGUCCAAAGGAUAGGAGAAAAUCCGAGGCUGUGCCACUUCCAGAGCAUGGAGAGGAUGUAUCGCUACGACACAGGGAGUUGGCUGACCUGAAAGUCGCUCGAGAGUGGACUCACACCAGUGUCGCCACGGGAAUCUUUGAAGAGAGCUCAAACCCGACUACAGCUAUCCCAGCACAGAAUCUCGACACGACGUUGGACCCGGAAAUCGCGACAAAGCGGGAUGUGGCUCAGGAGUGGUGGCGAGAACAGGCAGCGAUAGCCGGCGUUGUACCCAUACCAGAGAGUCAAGAUACAGAGCAGGACAGUAUCAAAUGCAACGAAUGCAGCAGAGUCUUUGCCACAGAAUCUGGUCUAACCAGGCACAUGAGUGUCCUGCAUAGGCGACUGCCACGGCUUUGGAACUGCAAGAAAUGUCUAUCUGCCUUUCGGACAGAAACAGGUCGCGAUCGUCACUUGAAUGUGGUGCAUGCUGAUGAGGUUGUGGAUGGGGAUCCCGAAGGGAUUCCACAGUAUUCGAAAUGGAGUCCCGAGCCGAGAAUGAUGCAACUUGAGUUGACGACUCAGCGAGAUGGUCGUGUUAUUUUUGAGCCAUGGAGGAGCAAGCGUGACGCUGUUGAUCUGUGA